AUUUUGAGCUGCUGUUGUUGCAGUGGUGAGUUGCCAUUCGGCGUGCAGGGAUGCACGGUCUCUGCACAAAUCGCGGGAGUAGACAAGUGUCAGAGGAUGUGUGAGUGAGAGAGUAGCAUCAGCCGCAUCUAGGAGACUAGCUACAGUCCUGUUAUUUUCUUGGAGAAACCGAAAAAUACCACUGAAACCCAGAGCCAGGAAAGUCGAUCAGCGGACCAAGAUAUAAACGCGGGUCCUCCCAAUACGAAGCAAAAUAUUAAUCACUCUGCCACAAGUUUCGAUCACGUAUCAUGUCAGAAUUUUACUCUGCGAACUGUUAGAUUGUAGCGAAUCCUCACUACACGCCUAAUGAGUCGGCGAGUUUAGUUGGAUACUAGCAAAAUCCACAUGGAGCUGGUAGAAAAUAAAACCACGAAGAGGCAUGUUUUAUCCCGUAUCCGUAAUUGGUUUAUUGGACCAGAAGACGUUCGGUGGAGCGCCAUGCAUGCCACCAAUGUGGAGCGAAAUUCCUGGCGCCUGCCGCCUGAUGACACCGUGCAGGUGGCCGACCAACGCUCCAAGAGUGCCGAGGACCUGGUGCUGGCCGGAGCUAAUGACAGCAACAAUUGGCGUAGCAUUGUGCUGUCGCUGCUGGUCAUCGGCUUCGUGAUUGUGGGCAUCCUGACGGCUAUCUACCUGCUGGGUUACGUCGACGAGAUGCUGUACUGGAGCGGGCGACGUAUGAAGCUGGGCGAGUACCUGCAGGGCGACCUCACGCCGCGACAUAUGCCACCCGUCUGGAUUUCCCACACACACUUCAUAUUUCAAACCGAUGAGGGCGCGCUCGCCUACCUCGACACCACCAACGACACCGUUUCGCUCCUCGUUACAAACCACACGCUGCGGCAGCUAGACGUCAAGGGAUACCAGUGCUCCAGUGACCUUAGAUACAUCCUCUUUCGUCACAAUGUCAAAUCUGUAUUUCGUCAAUCAUUCACAGCCCACUACACAGUAUAUGACGUCACUAACGACCACCACAUCCCUAUCAGACUGAACGACGCCCCCAAAGUACAGCAGUCUCGGCUACAGCAUGUCACGUGGCUUGGCAAUACUACUGCCCUCAUCUUGGUGGCUGAGAAUGACAUCUAUGUGCGUCUGUCGCCAGAUGGCGGACAGGACUUUCGCCUUACAGUCUCUGGACAACCUGGAACGAUCUAUAACGGCAUUCCCGAUUGGCUGUACCAGGAGGACAUCCUCUCGUCGCCCGAGGCACUGUGGGGGUCGCCAGAUGGGACCCACAUCAUGUACGCCUCCUUUAAUGACUCUGAAGUUCGAAUCCUGGCCUUCCCGUGGUUCGGAUCUGCCUCCGUUAGCGGUUCUAUCAAAGGGGGCGCUGGUAUAUGGACGUUUCCCGAGUCCCGUACAGUGCGCUACCCUACGCCAGGAACUACUAACCCUAAAGUCAAGUUGUGGAUCAUAGAUGUCACCAACAUCACUGAGCCACAGCGGUGGGAAGUAAAGCCUCCGGAAGUUCUCGAUACCCAGGAUUUCUACCUGACAUCUGCCGGCUGGAUCGGAAACGACAACCACCACGUCUCUGCAGUGUGGAUGAACAGAGCGCAAAACGUCAGUAUUAUCACGUCCUGCAGAGCACCGAACUGGACUUGCUUCGAGACUCACGCUGAACGAUCGUCGGAAGACACGUGGCUUGACGUACAGCCACAUCCCUUGUACACGGCUGACGGAGAGAGUUUCCUGCUACUUGCGAGCAUCAAAGAGGGAACGUACAAGUACUUCACACACAUCAAGCACGUCACUCCGAGCCAACAACGCAUUGCAGUGCUCACGCACGGAAGCUACGAAGUAACACGCGUCCUGUCCUGGGAUACCACAAACCACCUGGUGUACUACCUGGGCACGCAAGAAUCAAAGCCGGGUCAGCGUCACUUGUACGUAGUUCGUGAUCCGGCGACAGACGACCCGCGGCGUCUGGAGCCUCAGUGCGUGACUUGCGACCUGGGCGAGGUGCUAUGGAGUAGCCGUUACUGGUACACAAACUGUACACACUUCACUGCGUCAGUGUCACCUGGAAACGUGUCCGGCAGCAUGUCGUACUACGUACUGGAAUGCGAGGGACCCGGUCUCCCACUGGCCGGGGUUCAUUCCGCCGGUACGCACAGGCUGCUGAGGAUCUUGUACAACACGCGAUCUCACCGCGCGCUACCGCUCCGGGAGCUAGCCCUUCCCAAGAUGCGAAGCUUUGAAGUGCCUUUGUCGCAGGGCUUCAGGGCUCAGGUCCAGCUGCUACUGCCGCCCAGCUGGAGGGAGGAGCUACGAGACGCUGCCUUCCCGGUGCUCGUAGAAGUGAACGGUCGGCCCGGCAGCCAAGCAGUCAGUGAGAAGUUCUCCGUCGACUGGGGCACCUACAUGUCCAGCCAUAACGACGUCGUUUACGUUAAGCUUGACGUUCGAGGCGCCAAAGGGCAGGGUUCCCGAUCACUGUACCGGCACCUGGGAGGCGUCGAGGUGCAAGACCAGAUCACUGUCCUCAGAUAUCUGUUGGACACAAUGAAGUUCCUAGAUGAGACGCGGAUCGGGGUGUGGGGCUGGGGGUAUGGCGGUUACGUCACGGCCAUGCUGCUCGGCUCCCAACAAAAUAUCUUCAAAUGCGGCAUUGCAGUGUCUCCAAUAGUCGACUGGCUGUAUUACAACUCAGCGUUUACGGAGCGCAUCCUAGGAGUACCAGAGGAGAACUAUAAAGGGUAUGUGGAAGCGGACGCGACGCAGAGAGCUCCUAACGUGCCAAACCACUCCAUGUACCUGCUGCAUGGCCUAGCAGACAUAACUGCGCCUUAUCAACAUGGUGUUGCUCUCGCGCGAGCGCUAGCUAAAGCUGGGAUUAUCUUCCGCUAUCAGAGUUAUGCAGACGAAGGCCACCUAUUGGUGGGCGUGCUCGAACACGUCUACCGCUCCAUGGAGGACUACUUGAAGGAGUGCCUUAGCCUCGAUGAAGACGAGCAGUCGUGAGGCUAAGCCUCCUCUAUGUACAAGCCAUGGCCUACUCAAACACCUUCCAAACGGCCGCCUUUGUGCAUAUCCGUUAUUCUGCCUAAAACUAAAGCUGUUGUGAUCCAAUUCGUGAUUAACUUUGGAGUGAAAGAAUGACUGCUAACACUCCAAAAAUGGUUGUGAAUUACAUAAAACCUCCCAGCGCCGUGUCCUUGAACUAUCAAGUCCAUCUUUGCUGCGUAAUAUCUGGAUUCGAGACUAGCAAUAAACCUACAGUCAAUAAUGGUUGUGAAGUUGCGUGUGGCGGAAUUACAUGUAGUUAAUUCUGUGUAGCAGUGAUUAUCCUCGUGAUUCAUACAUGAAAAAAUUACCUUUAUUUAAACACAUCUUUGUUUACUUAAAAUGACAAUAAUAUGGUAACACGUGCGAACAUGACACAAGAAUAAAAAUCAAAUGGAGAUGUGGUUGUGACUUUAUAAAUCAAAACAAUAUGGUGUGAAACAGAGGAAAUUCAGCAUUGUGGACACGGGAAGCCAUGAUGGAUCAUAUGGACCCUUCAAGUUUGGGCACAAUCAGGGAGAAACUAAUAUUUAAACUGUAUGUACUUUUAAAAUAAGGCCGUGGGUGCAUUUAACAGCGCCACUGUGAAACGAAAUGUAAGAAAUCGAUAACUAUAACUAAGAAGUACUAAAAUCUUAGUAUCCUGGAAUUGCUUUGUUUAAAAUACAAUUAAGGCGUAGUAAAGUAUUCCCAGAUAAUUUCAUUUAUUAUUUAAUGGAAUAAUAUGUGCCGUAGGAAUAAAAUUUUCUUAGGUGAAAUAUUCCUAAAGCCUAAAAUGUUGCACCGGUCGGAAGAUACAGCCUGUAUCUCUGAUAAGAUAAUAUUAAACUGGUUCUUAGAGAACAGGGUUUGGGUUUGGAUUAGAUUCAUCUAGCUCAGGAUAGGGACCGAUUUUGGGCUCUUGUGAACACGUUUAUGAACCUUCGAGUUUCAUAAAAUACGAGGAAUUUCUUGACUAGCUGAGCGUACUAUUAGCUUCUCAAAAAAUUACUCUGCUCCAUGAAGUCAGUUAAUGUCUCUCAAAAUGUCUUACUAAUGUAAUGUUCAGAUAUGACUAUCAGUUCGUCUAUAGGCGACUAGAUAAUUUAAAAUACUUUUUUCUUUAUUGUUUCUUUCACCAGCCUUAACGAUAUUUUCUUCUCUGGACUCAAAAGCGUUUCAUAUUAUUCCAAAGCUUAUCCUAAAGCAAAAUGUUUUUCUUCUCGUAUAUUUAAUGACGAGAUUUUUUCUUGUUGAUCUACUAAAAUACUUUGUUUUAAUUCAAUACAAGUUCCAGGAUACUAUGAGAGAAUCUUACAAGAUGGUCUUCACUCACGGCCUACUAAAUCGUCCUCUCAAAGAGACAAUCCUACUUCUCAUAACAAUAGAGUCUAUUUGAACAUACCCACAUUAAAUCUAAAGAAUAUCAAAUAUUUAGUCUUAAAUAAGAAGAAAACAUUGUUACAAUAGGCCUAUUAACUUCUAAAUGAAACAAAUCCCUCUUUGCUACUGUACACCCAACGGUUAAUCGCUCACUUCUUACAUUCAUAGGCCGAAAAAAUGCGUUUUUAAUAUACCUCAAGUUGUCCAUAAAUUACAUGACACGUCUUGCGGUACACUAAAGCUGGCAAUAUAGCAAUUAGGCUUACGACAAUUAUAGGCUUUCUUAAAGUAUUUGGUCUUUCCUACGACGAACUUUAUUACCUUAGGAAACAGGCAACAUACUUAGGAUGGAAGAGGUGUAAAAUCCCUUCAUACUGCAGUAGAUGAUAAACAAUAGCGUUGGUAGAGUCAAUAUGAUGCACACAGAAACCUAAUAUGCUAUACUUGUCUAAAUGAGAGAUGCCGAUGAAAUUUGUAAAACGGAUUUAAUUAAUCAGAUGCUUAAGGCAACGUAAUCGUGGAACGUAAAUACUUUUGUAAAUUGUUUAAAGUAACAACUCCCUAUCACCUCCCUUAAUUUAAAAUCCUAAUAAAAUCUCAUAAUAUAA